CAGAUCAUGUGCUGUUUGGAAGUGUUCCAGGUUUUUAUGGUCUGUCUAGAUCUCGAAGGGAUGUCAUGCUCCUUCGAGGUAGUGGUUCCAAUAUUCCAAAGCUUUUAUGAUGGCCAAAAGUUCAUGGUCAUGGAUGUUAUAAUUUUGUUUAGCUGGGGAGAAUGA